UAGGGCAUCAUGCCUUACACCAGACAAAGCAGAACCAUGUGAAACUUAACUAAUUGCUUCACCUGGUAUGUUUCUAAAUAUUCUUCUAUAACAUAUCACUAUCCUAUCCAUUUUCUUUAAGGUUUGCAAAUUGCUUUUACCCCCUCUAUAUAUUAGGCUUUAAAGAUGCCACUUUCAAAAACCAAGUCUUCAGCCUUCAAAAAGCACUAAAGCUUUCUUCUUUCUGCCAUAUAUUUUCUUCAGUAAAAUGGGUAUUCAACUGAUGGGAUUAGCUCAUGCUAAACAAAAGCUCCAGCGAACGCUUUCAGGUAAAUUUGGGAAUGCAGCAGCAUUGGGAACAUCAAAUGUCCCUAAAGGCCAUAUUGCAGUUUAUGUUGGGGAAGGCAACCGGCCGAAGAGGUUCGUGAUUCCAGUGUCGUACUUGAACCACUCUUUGUUUCAAGACCUGUUGAAUCGAGCCGAGGAAGAGUUCGGAUUCAACCAUCCAAUGGGUGGCCUCACAAUUCCAUGCAGUGAAGAGUACUUCAUCAGUCUAACUACAGUAUUAAAUUGUUCAUAGAUGCUUCCACCACCAACAAAGGAUGAAGGAAAAAAACAAUCAUUUUCUUGGCCUGUAAACAUACUGUAAUUUGUAAAAGACAGAGAAAAGUUGUAGGGCAAUGAGAUUUUGAUUCUUUGCUGACAACAAUGCCUGUUGUUCUGAGCAACUUUGC